AUGUCUGAACAAAGUAAUAACAACAACAACAACAAUAACAAAGUGUACGAUGAUAAUGACAAUACCUCUGGCGGCGAUACCGAUAAAAGAAAGGGUGGUUUAAUUUCAUUCUUGACAAAGAUUGAAAACAUCAAAGCAAUUCAAGCAAUCACUGGAAGUGUUAUUGCAACAUUCUAUCAAGUACAUUUGGUAACGAUUGUUGGAUCACAUUUUGGGGAAUCUGGAUUCAAUGGAUUAUUAGAGUAUUUCAGACCAUUUUAUCAAAAUCGUGUGUUUGAAACAUUGCUUGCUGGCUCUGUCGUUGUACAUUUGUCUGCCAAUCUCUAUAUGAUAUUUAGUGGUAGAAAAGAUAACACUCAAUUCUAUGAGAGAGCACCUGGACACACUAAACUACCAUCACCCUAUGGAUUACACCAAAUAGCCGGCGCCCUUGUAUCAGUCUUUAUACUUGGGCACACUGCUGCCACUCGUAUCCCAGCACUCUGGAUCAAAGGUUAUCAACUCAAUUACAAGGAUAUCCAUUACACACUUAAACAAUGGGGUGUUGUCUUUUACCCAUACUAUACACUCUUUUCAGCAUCGAUGUACUAUCAUUUCGUAUUCAACAAUGUUCGUAUCUUUAACAAAUACAUUCUCGGUAGAAAAGACUAUCGCAAACGUGAACUACAAAGUAAAAACGUUUGGUAUGGUGUAGCCACAUUUGGAGUCAUCCUUUCAUUUUCUUGUUGUCUUGCAUUGGGCGGUCAAUAUUUUAGAGUAAAUCCAUUAUAUUCUUUAAAGAAAUAA